CACUCUCGGGUUUCAGGUGCUGGGCAGCCACGAGGUGCUCUGAGUCCGCUUCCAAACGCGUCUGCUAGUCACCAUGUCGCAUCCGUCACCCCAAGCUAAGCCCUCCAACCCCAAUAACCCUCGGGUCUUCUUUGACGUGGACAUCGGAGGCGAGCGAGUUGGUCGAAUUGUUUUAGAAUUGUUUGCAGAUAUUGUACCCAAAACUGCCGAAAAUUUUCGUGCAUUGUGUACAGGAGAAAAAGGCAUUGGACCCACCACUGGGAAACCUCUCCAUUUCAAAGGGUGCCCAUUCCAUCGAAUUAUUAAGAAAUUUAUGAUUCAGGGUGGAGACUUCUCAAAUCAUAAUGGGACAGGUGGAGAAAGUAUUUAUGGUGAAAAAUUUGAAGAUGAAAAGUUCUAUUACAAGCAUGACAAGGAGGGUGUACUGAGCAUGGCAAAUGCAGGCUGCAAUACGAAUGGUUCUCAGUUCUUUAUCACCACAGUUCCAGCUCCCCAUCUGGAUGGGAAGCAUGUGGUAUUUGGCCAAGUAAUUAAAGGAAUGGGUGUGGCAAGAAUUCUGGAAAAUGUAGAAGUGAAAGGUGAAAAACCAGUCAAAUUGUGCGUUAUUGCAGAAUGCGGAGAAUUGAAGGAAGGUGAUGAUUGGGGAAUAUUCCCAAAAGAUGGUUCUGGUGACAGUUACCCAGAUUUCCCAGAGGAUGCAGAUAUAGAUUUAAAAGAUGUAGAUAAAAUAUUAUUAAUAACAGAAGACUUAAAAAACAUUGGAAAUACUGUUUUCAAAUCCCAGAAUUGGGAGAUGGCCAUUAAAAAAUAUACAAAAGUUUUAAGAUAUGUGGAAGGAUCAAAGGCUGUUAUUGAGAAAGCAGAUACAUCAAAGCUGCAACCUAUAGCUUUAAGCUGCAUGCUGAAUAUUGGUGCUUGUAAACUGAAGAUGUCAGAUUGGCAGGGAGCAAUCGACAGUUGUUUGGAGGCUCUUGAAAUAGACCCAUCAAAUACCAAAGCACUAUACCGUCGAGCUCAAGGAUGGCAAGGAUUAAAAGAAUACAAUGAAGCAUUGGUUGAUCUUAAGAAAGCUCAGGAGAUAGCACCAGAAGAUAAAGCUAUCCAGGCAGAAUUGCUGAAAGUCAAACAAAAGAUAAAGGCACAGAAAGAUAAAGAGAAGGCAGCGUAUGCAAAAAUGUUUGCUUAAUAAGGAUUUCAAUUUUGCUUAAAUGUUACACACUGAUUGUAUGAAGGCAAUAAGAAAAUUAAAGGGGUUUUGUCUGUUAUAUAUAAUCCCUAAUGUGUAUCCUCUGAUAUUUCAGUUCCCCUUGUUUACAGUUUAGGAAUUCUGAUAUAGGUUCUCUCUUAAUAAAAGUGUUAUAAAAUACAAAAAAAAAAAAAAAAAA